AUGACGGUGUCCAUGAAGGAGAACGCGUCGCAUUUUAUCACCAUCGGGAUACUGACCAUCCCGACGAGUAUCAUCGGGACGAUGGGGAGUCUGUUGACGUUGUAUUUACUCAGCCGACUGAGUCGGCAGAAUUUCGCGACAAACGCCCUGAUUAUCAAUCUGUGUGUGGCCACCUUCCUGCUGUGCGGCACCAGCUCGUUUUAUGACGCCUUCACCAUGAUCACCGGCCAGGAGGGACCGUCGCGGAUAUGCUGUGUGGUGUUUGCUUUUCUACACUUUUUGUGGUUAAGCGUUUCCGCCCACUCCCAUGCGGCGAUCGCCAUCCACCGGCUAAUUGCGGUCCUAUCCAGCGACUGCACCAUGUGUCUGCUGCACACCAAGAGUGUCGCCACGUCGCUGGUCAUCUACACGUGGCUGGUGCCGUUUUUAGUGCUGGUCUUUCCGCUAGUGCCGGUCAGCGGCGAAUACGGCUUCUCACAGGUGGCAUCACGCUGCAGCAUCAUGUCCGUCAAAUCCCCCGAAUAUACGUACGUUCUAAAGCUGAUGAACUCCUUCGUGCCGCUGGCCGUUAUGACCGUCUGCUACCUGAUCAUCUGCGCCGUGGUUAUUCGCUCCAAAACGAAAUUCAACCUGGAUGAUCAGGCAAUCCGCGGGCAGGGCGCUCGCGGGAUCCGUCUGAUGCGGCUGAAGGCCGAGUUCCGGGUGACACGGAUUGCCUUCAUUACCUGCGCCUGGUUCAUUAUCUGCUACAUUCCCAGUGCCAUACAUGGACUCAUCGCCACCAAAGUGUCAGAAAUGCAGUCCGCAUUUGCACAGUUUCUCAUCCUAAUGACCUGGAUCGGUUGUGCAACGACACCUAUUGUGUACACGUUGCUCAGCACGGAGAUGCGGCAAGUGGCGCACAGUGAAUGGAAGAAUCUGCGGGAUAAAAUAAAUCAUCAUGCUCACAGGAAUUCCAUCCAUAUUCUUGUCGACGGGCCGAGCAAACCAUCGGCUGUGUUUAUCAUUGGGAAUGUGCCGCCAAGGAAAGGUCACAGCUGUAGCGGACUCUGCCACAAAUCACGUGGUGGUGUACAUUUGUCGCCGAUCAAUCACGCACUGGUGAAGAGUAACUCACCGACGACGCAGAAUCACAAUCUGUCGAUGGCGUAAACUGUUUUAUUAAGCUUAAUUAAAAGUGUUUACUAUGACUACAAGUUCAGUA